AUGAAAUCCUUCAUUUCUAUGCUUCUAUUCAUAGCCGUGGCCAUUGCCCAGAGAGUUGUAAUUGGACUCCCCACCGAGGAUCAGAGAAUCAAUUCUGGCAAGGAGGUCGUGGUCCAAGUACAGCGUCCUAACUCUUUGAGUUCGUCUAAGGAGAUGGGCGUGGUAAUCGGUCUCUCCUCAUGCAAAUCCUCACCUUGCAGAGACGCAGACGAGGUUCUAGGAACAAUUCUAUACAAUGGGCGUUUCAACCCCCAGCGUCACGAGUCCAGCUUGCCUCCGUAUGAGAACUUCACAGUCACCGUGCCGGCCUCGGCUACUCUCGGCAAAAGCCAGAUUAAUGUCGCCCAUGCUGCUCUAAUUGGUGCCGGUCCAUCUGCAUUCUUGGAAUCUCUCAACCAGACUGUCUAUGUUGUAUAA